AUGUUCCUUGGCCCAACACUUGGUACUGGGCUGUUCAUCGGCGCAGGCCAAGCCCUGGCCGUCGGUGGCCCUGGAUCGUUGCUUAUUUCCUAUAUAUUCCUAUCCUUGCUCACCUACUUCAUGGCCACUGCUGUUGCUGAAGUAGCUGCACAUAGCCCUGUGAAACAUGGGACGCUCAUCACACAUGGGUUUCUGUAUAUGCGAAACAGUAUGGGAUUCGCGGCUGCCUGUCUCCGUUGGUACACGCUGGCUAUGUUCGUGCCUUACGAGAUGUCGAGUGCGAUGGUCAAUCUUGGUUUAUGGAACCCAGAUCGCACGACUGUGGUGCUCAUUGGAGUCUUCACUGUCGUGAUUGUCGGUUCCAACUUUCUGUCCGAUCGAAAAUUUAGAUCCUCGGAGGUACUCUUUUAUCGGAUAAAACUUGGCAAUUUAAUCUGUCUGCUCGUCCUCUCUCUUUCCGUCGCUAUUGGCGGCGCAUCAGGGCAUGAAUCAAAUUGGGGAUUCCGGUUUUGGAGAAAGCCAGGCGCCUUUCACGAAUAUCUGGCUGGAGGAUUAUUGGGAAAGUUCUGGGGCCUAAUGCAGUGUCUUCUGAACAGUUCGAUUGCUUUCACCUUAGCACCGGAGCUAAUUGUACAAAGAAUCGAGCUGGCCGAGACAGUGGCUCUCCCAGAAGCAAACAACGAAACACAGCCCGUCAAAUCCAAAAUCAUACGAAAAGUGAACGUCGAUGUUGCCCAAUGCAUGGUUCUAUACAUCCUCAGCUCAUUGGCUAUGGGCAUCAUGGCUCCGUUCAAUGAGCCUCUUCUUACCAACGCGGGUACCGGGGCAGGUCUCUCGCCCUUCAUUAUCGGAAUCAACGCCGUGAGAAUUCGUAUCCUUCCUGUCACUGCCACGUUAGCGAUCCUCCUCUCCUCAAUUGGAUCCGCCCGAUCGUUCCUUCAUCUUGCUUCUCAUACACUUUGUGCAUUAGCAGAAGUCAACCAUGCCCCUAGGAUAUUCGCUAUUCGAAAUAAAUGGGGUGUACCUUGGGCAGCCGUUGUUUUCACCUCCAUGGCCGGCAGUUUCGGCUUCCUCUGCGCAGCUAUCUCCAGCUCCAUCGUGACGACGUAUUUUAUGCUCUUCCUGAACAGCUCGGGGUAUUUAUCUUGGCUUGUUUCUUGCGGGGUCUACUGGCGUUUUCGCCAUCGUCUGAGGCUUCAAGGGGUUACAAAUGCAGACAGGUUCGCAGUCCAGCCAUUUGCCACGUACUUUGGGUUUGCGUCCAGUGCUGUCAUGCUUGUGGCCAAUGGGCUGGUCAGUGUCGUUCCUGGGAAUCACAAUGGGCCUCGGGGCUGCAGAGCGAUAAUGGCAUACAUCGGCAUUCCCGCGUUUUGUGCAUUCUACCUAAUACACAAGUGUUCGAACCUUGCCCCCAGUCGAUUCCAUAGCCUCGAUGGCAGCCUUAACGACGCGCCCAGAUCUCCCAGACCACCGAAAGCCCCGAAAGCCCCGACUGGAAGGUUUCACUUAAGGGCACCUGCCCCAGUGGCAUCCCAAGGAAGAUGUCGAGUGCCACAUGGCAGGUUUCUAGAAGGCCCCACGGCUAUGGAAGUGGAUCAAGAAUGGGUGGUCGGGGAAACAUGA